UUCAUUAUUGGUUGCUUCGCUGAAAGAACGAAGCAACCAAAAAAAGGAAAAAAAAAGAGAAAAAAAAAAUUAUAGGCAAGGAAGAUCUAUGAAUGGCGCCAGCAGCACCCAUUGAAUUGGGUCAUAAUGCUGUUGCAGUUGCUAUUGAUAAGGGCAAGAACAGCCAACAGGCAGUUAGAUGGGCUAUUGAUCAUUUCAUGAAGGGGAAUAAAACUCCCAUGUCCGUUGUUUUGAUCCAUGUCAAAACACAUAAUUAUAAUCCUCAGGCGGAUACCGCAACGGCUACAACUCCAUCAGAAUCCGAAGUACAACAAUUAUUUCUUCCUUAUCGAGGAUUUUGUAGUCGAAAAGGGAUAGAUGCAAUGGAAGUUGUACUCCAUGAUAUUGAUGUUGCAAGUGCACUUGUUAGCUACAUUGAGGGCAACAACAUUGGCAAUAUCGUUGUCGGAGCCUCGAAUCGUAACGCUAUCACAAGGAGAUUCAAGUCAACAGAUGUUCCCACCAGCCUAGAAAAAUCAGCACCAGAUUUUUGUGCAGUAUAUGUAAUAUACAAAGGCAAAGUACAAACAAUGCGCCCAUCAAAUGUAUGUCUAAUACCCUCUGCUGCCAACACUCCUAGCUCAAGAUCGAGCGUUACAUCAGGCGGUUCCUCGACUUAUUGGACUACCCAUUCCAAGAACAGUUUCAGUGGGAGUAGUAUCAGUGGAAGUUCGACCUCAAGUGUGGCCCAAUCGGAGAGGUACUACUCAUCAUCGUCUGGUGGCAGCAACCCGAGGAUUUCAUAUGGUAGCGACUCAUCAAGUAACGUGCACAACCAUAAUAGACGGUCUUCUGAUGGUUACAACAAUCCUAAAGCACCCAUGGGUGAUUCACCGCGGGGUUCUUCUUACAAUGUGAGGAGAUCGGAUGGUAAUUAUGGCAACCCAAAUAUGCAAAUGGGUGAAUCACCGCGUCAUUCUCCUUACAAUAGUAGGAGAUCUGAUGGGAUGAGUAAUGAUUCACCGGGUCAUUCGCCUUAUAAUAGUAGGAGUUCUGAUGGUUAUUCGGGCUACUCGAAUCAAUCUCCCAAUCGAAUGAUCGGUAUGGGGCCCCCACCUACACAUCCUUAUAGUAACAGCAGCACGGAUUAUAAUUCCAGGAACUCAUCAGAGACUUAUUCAUCGAGCAACUCGAGUACACCAAGUAGAUACAAUCAAGGACAAAAUCCUUACAAUGGGUCGAACCAAAGUAGUUACCAAUCAACAAGUAAUGUGUCUAUUGAUAACAACGAUCAAUCUACUCGAGCAUCGACAAAUUCAAAUAGUUUUUCAGAGGAACUUGAUGCCGAAAUGACUAGACUAAAGAUCGAAAUAAAGAACACCAUGGAGGUUUAUCAAUCGAUUUGUGAACAAGCAUCUGUGGCAAAACAACAGGCGGAUUCUCUUCAAAGUGGAGACGAUGAUGAUAUAGAAGAGAUAAAACUAGCAAGAGAGGCUGCAAUGGUCGUGGCGGAUUUAGAGAGGCUAAAGUGCCAAGCAGCAAUAGAUGCUGCACAGAUGACAGAGAGAUUAGUAGAAAUGGAGGGUCGUAAACGAAUGAUUAUUGAACAAAAAGCAGCAAGACGAGAAGAAGAGGAAAGGAGAGGACGGAAAGCAAGUGCUAUUAGCUAUAGGGUGUACUCAUUGAAGGAUAUUGAGAUUGGAACCGAUUACUUUUCGACAUCUUUGAAGAUCGGUGAAGGAGGGUAUGGACCUGUGUACCGUGCCAUGCUUCAGCACACUCGUGUUGCUAUUAAGGUUCUUAGGCCUGAUGUUUCUGAAGGGCUUAAACAAUUUCAACAAGAGAUUGAGGUGCUGGGACGCAUGAGACACCCUCACAUGGUACUCCUAGUAGGAGCAUGUCCAGAGUACGGGUGCCUAGUGUACGAAUACAUGGAGAACGGAAGUCUUGAAGACAGGCUAUACAGAAAAAACAACACACCCCCGAUCCCAUGGAAAAUUCGGUUCAAGAUAGCGGCGGAGAUAGGCACAGCACUACUGUUCCUGCACGAUGCAAAACCAGAGCCAAUGGUGCACCGCGACUUAAAACCAGCGAAUAUUCUCCUAGACGCAAACUACACAAGUAAAAUCGGGGAUGUCGGAUUGGCACGUCUAGUACCAGCAACAGUGGCGAAUCAAAUGACACAAUAUCAUAUGACAGCUGCAGCAGGCACAUUCUGUUACAUUGAUCCAGAGUAUCAGCAAACAGGACAACUUGGGACUAAAUCUGAUAUUUAUUCUCUAGGAGUAAUUUUACUUCAGUUGAUCACUGCUAGACCUCCUAUGGCCUUGUCUUUCCAUGUCGAAGAAGCUAUUGAUGCUGGUACUUUCCAUCACAUACUCGAUCCCUCCGUUUCUGAUUGGCCUUUUCAAGAGUCCUUAGCUUUGGCUCAAUUGGCUUUAAAGUGUUGUGAACUCAGAAAGAAAGAUAGGCCUGAUUUGGAUUCUGUUAUAUUACCUGAGUUAAUCAGGUUGAGAGAUUUAGCCUUCUCUUCUUAAUGUGUCUCUUUUUUUUUUCUUCCUACUCUCUCUUUAUAUGCAAAUGCAAUGCAACUUUAACUAUCAUUGUAUCUUCUUGAUUGUAAACUUAUUUCUUGUACAUUAUAAACUAGCUAGCUAA